GACGCGCGCACGGCCUGCGACUCUGGCGCGGAGGAGGGGUACGCGGCGAGGGGCUCAUCAAGCUUGGGUGUAUGUGUUGGCCCGUUCUGCAGUCUCCUUGAAGAAGAUCAAAGCAGCAGUCUUUGACAAUUAGGGAAUGGACCGUUUGGGUUCCUUUAGCAGUGAUCCCUCUGAUAAGCCACCUUGCCGAGGCUGCUCCUCCUACCUCAUGGAGCCUUAUAUCAAGUGUGCUGAAUGUGGGCCACCUCCUUUUUUUCUCUGCUUGCAGUGUUUUACUCGAGGAUUUGAGUACAAGAAACAUCAAAGUGAUCAUACUUACGAGAUAAUGACCUCAGAUUUUCCUGUUCUUGAUCCCAGCUGGACUGCUCAAGAAGAAAUGGCCCUUUUAGAAGCUGUCAUGGACUGUGGCUUUGGAAAUUGGCAGGAUGUAGCCAAUCAGAUGUGUACCAAGACCAAGGAGGAGUGUGAGAAGCACUAUAUGAAGCAUUUCAUCAAUAACCCUCUGUUUGCCUCUACCUUGCUGAACCUGAAGCAAGCAGAGGAGGCAAAAACUGCUGACACAGCCAUUCCAUUUCACUCUGCAGAUGACCCUCCCCGACCUACCUUUGACUCCCUGCUUUCUCAGGACAUGGCAGGAUACAUGCCAGCUCGAGCAGACUUCAUCGAGGAGUUUGACAAUUAUGCAGAAUGGGACUUGAGAGACAUCGAUUUUGUUGAAGAUGACUCGGACAUUUUACAUGCUCUGAAGAUGGCUGUGGUAGAUAUCUAUCAUUCCAGGUUAAAGGAGAGACAAAGGCGGAAAAAAAUUAUAAGAGACCAUGGACUGAUCAACCUUAGAAAGUUUCAGUUAAUGGAACGGCGGUAUCCCAAGGAAGUCCAAGACCUUUAUGAAGCCAUGAGGCGAUUUGCAAGGAUUGUGGGACCAGUGGAACAUGACAAGUUCAUUGAAAGCCAUGCAUUGGAAUUUGAACUCCGAAGGGAAAUCAAGAGGCUCCAGGAAUAUAGGACAGCAGGCAUUACCAAUUUUUGUAGUGCCAGGACCUAUGAUCACCUCAAGAAGACACGAGAGGAAGAACGUCUUAAACGCACCAUGCUCUCCGAAGUUCUCCAGUAUAUCCAAGACAGUAGUGCUUGCCAGCAGUGGCUUCGCCGGCAAGCUGACAUUGAUUCUGGCCUGAGCCCUUCUAUUCCAAUGGCUUCGAAUUCAGGUAGACGAAGUGCACCACCCUUGAACCUCACUGGCCUCCCUGGCACAGAGAAGCUGAAUGAAAAAGAAAAGGAGCUUUGUCAGAUGGUGAGGUUGGUCCCUGGAGCCUAUUUAGAAUACAAAUCUGCUCUGUUGAACGAAUGUAACAAACAAGGAGGCUUGAGACUGGCACAGGCAAGAGCACUGAUCAAGAUAGACGUGAACAAAACCCGGAAAAUCUAUGAUUUCCUCAUCCGAGAAGGAUACAUCACUAAAGCCUGAGGCUCUAAGGACUUGGGAUCAGAAAUCAGACGUUUGGAAUGUGGUGGGCUGAAGGACAGUAUGGGCAUUCUGGAGAGUUUUGUUUUUGUGCUGAAUUCUCAUUGUAAAAUGAGAGGAAGGACAAAGGAAAACUUAAGUUGUAUUAAUGUCUACUUUCUUCUCUGCCCUGCUUUAAAACACUCCUGUUGUUGGUAUUGUGCUGCAGAGUUGUGCGCUAGAUGAGUUAUUAUUAAAUGUGAGUGGGCAUUCAUUCCUAACACCUCUUGUAACUAAAACAAGAACCAUAGUACCUCACAUCACAGUAUUGGUAGAAAUAGAAGUAAACCACAGUCAUUAGUCCGUGAGUCCAGCUCAGAUUCUUGUACUUGGGAGGUAGGUUUUCUGAUGAUCUGCUUUGCCUACAAACAUUGCGGACAGGUAAAGUUUUUAAAUUUAAGAGAAGGGUUACAGCGUGUGAGAACAGUUUUUCCUUCUAAGGAUUUUUUAAGCUGACAAUUUAUGUUUAAGAGCAAAGGGGAGGAAAAUCUCCCCAUGAUGGUCUUGUCCCAAACUGCAUCUUCAGCUUUAAUGUCUGGCUUUGUACUUCACAGUCAGGCUGUCUAAUCUGCAGUAGACUUUUGAGGAGGUGGCACCGGAUAUAAAAUGUCUGUUAUUUUUAGAAUUAAUGGAUUAAAAUGUUUUGCUAUUU